GCAGCCAUCAUCACAUUGACUCGGUUCAUCGCCCUCUCAGCAGGAGCAAGGUAUAUGAUCGGUCUUUCGCGUGACGACAUACUUUACACCCCCUUGCCUCUUUAUCAUACGGCCGGAGGCCUAAUAGGCGUUGGACAGUUGGUCUUCUUCGGCAAUCAGCAAGUGAUCCGGCGCAAGUUCAGUGCCAGCCAAUUCUGGACAGAUUGCAUCAAAUACAAAGUUACUUUUAAAUCUCUCUCCGAAUAA